AUGAAGCAGAUGAAGCAGUUGGAGCAGAUGAAGCAGUUGGAGCAGAUGAAGCAGUUGGAGCAGUUGGAGCAGAUGGAGCAGAUGAAGCAGUUGAAGCAGUUGGAGCAGAUGAAGCAGAUGGAGCAGAUGAAGCAGAUGAAGCAGUUGGAGCAGAUGAAGCAGAUGAAGCAGAUGGAGCAGAUGGAGCAGAUGGAGCAGAUGAAGCAGAUGAAGCAGUUGAAGCAGUUGGAGCAGAUGAAGCAGAUGAAGCAGUUGGAGCAGAUGAAGCAGUUGGAGCAGUUGGAGCAGAUGAAGCAGAUGAAGCAGAUGGAGCAGAUGAAGCAGUUGGAGCAGAUGAAGCAGAUGAAGCAGUUGGAGCAGAUGAAGCAGAUGAAGCAGAUGGAGCAGAUGAAGCAGUUGGAGCAGAUGAAGCAGUUGGAGCAGAUGAAGCAGAUGAAGCAGUUGGAGCAGAUGAAGCAGUUGGAGCAGAUGAAGCAGAUGAAGCAGUUGAAGCAGUUGGAGCAGAUGAAGCAGUUGAAGCAGUUGGAGCAGAUGAAGCAGUUGGAGCAGAUGAAGCAGAUGAAGCAGAUGAAGCAGAUGAAGCAGAUGAAGCAGUUGGAGCAGAUGAAGCAGUUGAAGCAGUUGGAGCAGUUGAAGCAGUUGGAGCAGUUGGAGCAGAUGAAGCAGAUGAAGCAGAUGAAGCAGAUGAAGCAGUUGAAGCAGUUGGAGCAGAUGAAGCAGAUGAAGCAGAUGAAGCAGAUUAAGCAGAUUAAGCAGAUGAAUCAGAUGAAGCAGUUGGAGCAGUUGGAGCAGUUGGAGCAGAUGAAGCAGUUGGAGCAGAUGAAGCAGAUGAAGCAGAUGAAGCAGUUGGAGCAGAUGAAGCAGUUGGAGCAGUUGGAGCAGAUGAAGCAGUUGGAGCAGAUGAAGCAGAUGAAGCAGAUGAAGCAGUUGAAGCAGAUGAAGCAGAUGAAGCAGUUGAAGCAGAUGAAGCAGUUGGAGCAGAUGAAGCAGAUGAAGCAGUUGGAGCAGAUGAAGCAGUUGAAGCAGUUGGAGCAGAUGAAGCAGAUGGAGCAGAUGAAGCAGAUGAAGCAGAUGAAGCAGUUGAAGCAGAUGAAGCAGAUGAAGCAGUUGGAGCAGAUGAAGCAGUUGAAGCAGUUGGAGCAGUUAAAGCAGUUGGAGCAGAUGAAGCAGAUGAAGCAGAUGAAGCAGAUGAAGCAGUUGGAGCAGUUGAAGCAGAUGAAGCAGUUGGAGCAGAUGAAGCAGUUGGAGCAGAUGGAGCAGUUGGAGCAGAUGAAGCAGAUGGAGCAGAUGAAAUGA